AUGGGCUCAGCAGACGCCACUGAUGAAUCGGAUGAAGGCGAGUGCGCCAUGUGGCAGCACACAGAAAAAAAAACCCUGGUAAAGGGAUCCCUCUCCGGAACUUCAGUCCUGCCAUGCUUCUUUUCAACCACACCCACUAUAGCCUCCAGCUAUGCAGCUGAAUAUCUUCGAAUCAAAUGGUCAAAGGUGGAACUGGAUAAAAGUGGCAAAGAUGCAAAAGAAACCACAGUCCUGGUGGCCCAAAACGGCAACAUCAAAAUAGGUCAAAGCUACAGAGACAGAGUGUCUGUUCCGACCCAUUCAGAGGAGACUGGUGAUGCUUCGCUGACUUUCUCGAAGCUGCGAGCAAGUGACGCAGGGGUGUAUCGCUGUGAUGUUAUGUACGGAGUUGAAGACACACAAGGCAUCGUGUCAUUGGCUGUUGAGGGUGUUGUAUUUCACUAUCGUGCAGCAACCAGCAGGUAUACUCUGAAUUUUACGCAAGCUCAGCAGACUUGUAUGGACAAUGGUGCUGUCAUAGCAAGCCCAGAACAGCUGAAAGCAGCCUAUGAAGAUGGGUUUGAGCAAUGUGAUGCUGGCUGGUUGUCUGACCAGACUGUUAGGUAUCCAAUUAGACAUCCAAGAAUUGGCUGCUUUGGAGAUAAAAUGGGAAAGAAAGGAGUCAGAACAUACGGGCGCCGUUUUCCUAAUGAAACUUACGAUGUGUAUUGCUAUGUGGAACACAUGGAAG